GCCGCGGACCACCUUCCACAAAGGCCCUCUAGAAGCCUGGUAAAAAAGCUGACAUCCCGAGCGGAAGGAGCGGUCUGUAAAAAGCGCAAGCGGUCCACAGAAGUACUGUGAACGCAAGGAUUCCAAUGAUGGAGACAGGAUGUGUCUUGCUCAGAGACUGCGUCAUGAUGACAAUGCAUUCAUCGCUGACCGCCAUGCACGGUCUGGCCUUUGGAGCUCGCCUUCCUAUCGUAAGGAGCAACGCCGUAGUAGCUCCCCUCCACCCAACAACCACAAGGACAGCAAAGGGCCCUCGCUCCAUAUUGUCAAAUCUUCUGAUCGCCGCAGUUCUAGCGACAAAGGCAAAGAAACAACGUCUUUACCCUCCCUGAAUAAUAGAUGUUCUGGAACUGUAAAUUCCCGUCAUGAUGCACGGCACUCUGUAUCGCAAGGCGUGCCCUCUUUACACUCUGUGGAUAGAUUUUUGGACAGCAUCGAUUUGAGCAUCACUCCUCCAUGCAAUCCGGUCCUUGCCAAGAGCAAGGUUCUCGCGACACCGAUUCAACAAGUACUUCCCCCAACUCCUGUAUCCAUCGCACCAGUUUCCCUGCCUUUGCCAGAAUCUUCUAUAGUUGAGCUUCAACCAAUCCCCUUCACUUUCGGACCAGAGAGACUCUCUCUCUUGCACCACGGGCACCCCUUCAGUUACGACUUGAAUCUACUUCCUGAUGACCCUGCUGGUCCUAUCACAUUGCUUGGAGCAACUCAGAGCGGACCCGGCGCAUAUCUCGUUGCCGCAGCACACUAUAGGCGAACUGGCCGUUCUCGUGCAGCAUGCAAAGUAGUUAGGGCUUUGCUUGGCAAGCAUGCUCCUACUACUAGUGCGGGCGGUAUUUCGACUGGGAAAAACAAAGAAAACGGUCCCUUCUAUCAGGCUUCGUCAUCACCAGUGAAAUCUUCCGCACCUUUCGUGUUUGCACCCAUAGACGUCAACACCCCAGCUCACGAUGCCUCUCUCUUGCGAUCUGCCAUUCUCAUUCUUGCAGCCUGUCAGCUGGAUAUAAGCCGCGAUUCUCCAUCCCCCGAAGAGAAGAUCGCACAUGCAACCGCUGCUCAAGAACUUUUCCGCACAAUAUACGGAACGAAAAAUAACUUUGUUUCUUCUGAGUCAGGAAAUACUAGUACAAAUGCAAACGCCCUGGGAUUGGCUUUUGCAAACAACGCCCGAGUUCCUUCCACUACCAACAACCUACCGACUUCUACUAUGUCCAAGCAAACAUCAGGCAUCCCCACUGCGCCUGCUUCUACUCGUAUUCUAGCUCUGGAGGAUGAGCUCCGUCUCACGCGCACAGCCAAGUCCAUUAUUGAAGCUGACCUUGCUGCUGCAAAGAAGCGCCAGGAACGCACCGACCUAUCUGUCAGAGAAGCUGAGACUCGUUCUCGCGAUGCCCUCCGAUUACUUGAGACCGAGAGGGAUGAAGUCCACUCCUUGAAGCGUCGACUCGUGGAGACGGAACAGAAGGUGUCGGAAAUGGAGCAGUCAGCUGCUGGUGUCGAGUCACGGGUGUGGGUGAGGCUGCGGGACAUGAUUUAUGACCAGUUUGGAAGCACAAAUGCGUAAGCGAAGUGUGCUUACGUUCGUCUUUUCAUCUUUUUUUCAGAACAUUGCGGGGUUUUUAGCAUCUGAUAGGAACCAUCAUGUGGUGCAUCUCACCACAACCCCAUCAGCAUCAUCAUUGCCACUUGUACACUACCAUUUCCUGCAGCAUUCGAAAUACCGUCCACAAGAGUGUAUGUCCUCGUAUGGAUUUUAGAACUUGUAAUUACCCUCCGUGUAGCACAAUGAGAGAACAGGAGGAGACGUACCCAUCUUGUAAAGACCCCUAUAACGUAGCCGGGCCCUUACGGCAGAACGGUAGUACCUUGGAUGCUCAAGGUACUACAUUUAUU